CUGUGUGAAUGAAGCUCUGCCGGCUACGUGGGGCGCUAGCUCAACUUAGAGUACUGGACGCCAGAGCCGCCCGAGCGCGCUGCCCACCGACAGCGGACACAGACUCCGCAGCUCCUAAUCUCGGCGACAGAGCAAAUCAGUUGCCCGGAGUUCCAAGUGAAGUUGUACGUGUGUCCGUGAGAUAACGUCAGUGGAAACUGCCCCCCAGUAAAUGAGGGAAAUACAGAAGUUGGAGCACUAAACGCCAGUUUGGGGCUUUAGCAUAUUGCAGAAGCGAGGACCACAUAGCUGUUUUUUCUAUCUCAGCCCCAUUCAAGUUUCCCUACAAAACGGGGGGCUCAGGGAAACUGAGCCUGUGACCCCAGCGUGGGAGAAGAUAGGAUCAAGAUGGCCAUGUGGCAGGGCUCAUUCACCUCAAAAAGAGGGUUUUGCACUGUGAUACAAGAAGUCAAAGGGAUGUCCAUCUGAAUGGCCUCUUGAUUUGGUAUAAUGCACAGUUCCUUCACCCAGUUGUGGGUGUUCAGAGACAAGAGUGACUGUCCCAUGGAGCCAUGGAUAACAGAGGCUUUCAGCAGGGGAGUUUUAGUAGCUUCCAGAGCAGCUCCAGUGAUGAAGACUUGAUGGACAUACCAGGAACAGCUAUGGAUUUCUCCUUGAGAGAUGAUGUUCCUCCUUUAGACCGAGAAAUUGAAGGGAACAAGUCAUACAAUGGUGGAGGAAUAGGUUCUUCAAAUAGGAUCAUGGACUUCUUGGAGGAGCCAAUACCAGGUGUAGGAACCUAUGAUGAUUUCAACACAAUUGAUUGGGUGAGAGAGAAGUCUCGAGACCGAGAUAGACACCGAGAGAUCACCAAUAAAAGCAAAGAGUCAACGUGGGCCUUAAUUCACAGUGUGAGCGAUGCAUUUUCUGGCUGGUUGUUGAUGCUUCUUAUUGGACUUUUAUCAGGUUCCUUAGCUGGUCUGAUAGACAUCUCUGCUCAUUGGAUGACAGACUUAAAAGAAGGUAUAUGCACAGGAGGGUUCUGGUUUAACCAUGAACAUUGUUGCUGGAACUCUGAGCAUGUCACAUUCGAAGACAGAGACAAAUGUCCGGAGUGGAAUAGCUGGUCCCAACUUAUCAUCAGCACAGAUGAGGGGGCCUUUGCCUAUAUUGUCAAUUAUUUCAUGUACGUCCUCUGGGCUCUUCUAUUUGCCUUCCUUGCUGUAUCUCUUGUCAAGGUGUUUGCACCUUAUGCCUGUGGCUCUGGAAUCCCUGAGAUAAAAACUAUCUUGAGUGGUUUCAUUAUUAGGGGCUAUUUGGGUAAGUGGACCCUGGUUAUCAAAACCAUCACCUUGGUGCUGGCAGUGUCCUCUGGCUUGAGCCUGGGCAAAGAGGGCCCCCUAGUGCACGUGGCUUGCUGCUGUGGGAACAUCCUUUGUCACUGCUUCAACAAAUACAGGAAGAAUGAAGCCAAACGCAGAGAGGUCUUGUCAGCUGCAGCUGCUGCUGGUGUAUCUGUAGCUUUUGGGGCACCUAUUGGAGGAGUAUUAUUCAGUCUGGAAGAGGUCAGCUACUAUUUUCCCCUCAAAACAUUGUGGCGUUCAUUCUUUGCUGCCCUGGUAGCAGCAUUUACUCUACGCUCCAUCAAUCCAUUUGGGAACAGCCGUCUAGUUUUGUUUUAUGUGGAGUUUCACACCCCAUGGCAUCUCUUUGAGCUUGUACCAUUCAUUCUGCUGGGCAUAUUUGGUGGUCUUUGGGGAGCUCUGUUUAUCCGCACAAAUAUUGCCUGGUGCCGGAAGCGUAAGACCACCCAGUUGGGCAAGUAUCCCGUCAUAGAGGUACUCAUUGUGACAGCCAUCACUGCUAUCCUGGCUUUCCCUAAUGAAUAUACCCGGAUGAGUACAAGUGAGCUCAUUUCUGAGCUGUUCAAUGACUGUGGCCUUCUGGAUUCCUCCAAGCUCUGUGAUUAUGAGAACCGUUUUAACACAAGCAAGGGCGGUGAACUGCCUGACAGACCGGCUGGCGUGGGAGUCUACAGUGCCAUGUGGCAGCUGGCUUUGACACUCAUCCUGAAAAUUGUCAUUACUAUAUUCACCUUUGGCAUGAAGAUCCCUUCUGGCCUCUUUAUCCCUAGUAUGGCUGUUGGUGCUAUAGCAGGUCGACUUUUAGGAGUAGGAAUGGAACAACUGGCUUAUUACCACCAUGACUGGACGAUCUUUAAUAGUUGGUGCAGUCAGGGAGCUGAUUGCAUCACCCCUGGCCUUUAUGCGAUGGUUGGAGCUGCAGCCUGCUUAGGAGGGGUGACUCGGAUGACUGUUUCUCUUGUUGUCAUAAUGUUUGAACUGACUGGUGGCUUGGAAUAUAUUGUGCCUCUGAUGGCUGCAGCCAUGACAAGCAAGUGGGUGGCAGAUGCUCUUGGGCGGGAGGGCAUUUAUGAUGCCCAUAUCCGUCUCAACGGAUACCCCUUUCUUGAAGCCAAAGAAGAGUUUGCUCAUAAGACCCUGGCAAUGGAUGUGAUGAAACCUCGGAGAAAUGAUCCUUUGUUGACUGUCCUUACUCAGGACAGUAUGACCGUGGAAGAUGUAGAAACCAUAAUCAGUGAAACCACUUACAGUGGCUUCCCAGUGGUGGUGUCCCGGGAGUCUCAAAGACUUGUAGGCUUUGUCCUCCGAAGAGACCUCAUUAUUUCAAUUGAAAAUGCUCGGAAGAAACAGGAUGGAGUUGUGAGUACUUCCAUCAUUUAUUUCACUGAGCAUUCUCCUCCAAUGCCACCAUACACUCCACCUACCCUGAAGCUUCGGAACAUUCUGGAUCUCAGCCCCUUCACUGUGACUGACCUGACACCCAUGGAGAUCGUAGUGGAUAUCUUUCGCAAGCUGGGACUGCGACAGUGCCUCGUUACACACAAUGGGCGAUUGCUUGGAAUCAUUACCAAAAAGGAUGUGUUAAAGCAUAUAGCACAGAUGGCGAACCAAGAUCCUGAUUCCAUUCUCUUCAACUAGAAUCAUGGGGUUGUUCUGGAUAUAAAACAGGAAGGACAUUGCAGACCAUGGAUAUAUUUUAUUAACUGGGUACCCAAAACACAUUUCCCAUAUUUGGAUGGUGAAGUCAUAUUAGUGUGUUGUCUCUUUCCUACAAGUUAACCAGUUGCACUACAUAAUCUCUGGAAAUUAAUCUUCUCUUUAGGAGAAAAAACAGUUAGGCUUCUGUGAUACUGCAUUAGGAAGACUUCAUGAAAGAGUAAACAAGAUUGCUAAGGUUUAAUUAUGUUUGUUUUUUUUAAUGUUUUUUAAUUUAAAAAUAAUCGUUAGCCAAUAUGCAAUCACUGAAAACUAUGCAAGAAAAAUUCCAACUGUCCUGAACUAUAGCCUGCAGGAAACUCAUGAAAAAGUUACUUUUGGGGGAUCUAACUGUCAUUGGUGGAAGAUGAAGUGUAAACUAAGGGGCUUUGCUUUUCAAACCACGGAAAGGAAAGCCAGAAGGAAAAUAGUAAUGGUAUUUUCUAGACUGUGAAGAUUCAGUUCAAAUGUUAUUCUUGUUCCUGUUACAAUAUUUAGCAUUAUUAGUUUGUCCUGUGUUUAUGUGUAUGUUAAUUUUAAUUUCUGAUUAUAAGACAAUGCUGCUUUAGUUAAUCUCCUCUAAAUGAAUUGAGAGAGGUUGACUUUUAUAGCUUGCUUGUUCCUGGUACUCUUUUGAAGUGCACAAAGAUAAGUUAUAGAGCUUUCUCCUUGUCUGCAAAAAAAAAAAAAAAAGGUAAUUUUCCAGAUGGUAUCUGUUAGCUAGUA